ACAAGUGUUCUAAACGAUUCGGAGGUAAACAAUGUCCCAGGAGAAAGUUCCUUUGUGUUUCAGGAAAUCCGAUUGGAACAGGAGGAAGGCGCUCCGUGCACGGCGAUUCGGGAAGUGUCGUUGUUGCGGAAUCUUCGCCAUGCCAACGUCGUCACCCUUCAUGACAUCAUUCACACCGAUCGAUUGCUCACUCUUUUAUUCCUUUUCCAACUGCUCCGAGGUUUGGCGUACUGCCACCAGCGCCGAGUACUCCAUCGCGAUUUGAAACCGCAGAAUCUUCUGAUAACUGCCAAGGGCGAGCUGAAGUUGGCCGACUUUGGUUUGGCGCGGGCUAAAUCUGUACCAACGAAGACCUACUCGAAUGAGGUGGUGACGCUGUGGUACCGACCGCCGGAUGUUCGACUGAUUAUUCCACGCAUAUCGAUAUGUGGGGUGUCGGAUGCAUUCUGUUCGAGAUGGUUGCUGGUCGUGCGCUAUUUCCCUGGUUCAACGACUGACGAGCAGCUUGGCCUUAUCUUUCGGACAUUGGGAUCACCUCGAGGAGAUCGUCAUGCGACUAUCUGCGCUCGUCCAGCAUACGCCCCGUUCGCGCAAAAGGUCUACCAUCCAGAACCACUAAUCCGACAAAUACCACGAAUGGAUGCGCAGGGCUACGAUCUGCUUUUGAAGUUUUUACAGUAUGAAGGUCGAGAUAGGAUAUCAGCUCAUGACGCCAUGCACCACAACUUUCUCAAGGUUCUCCCCCUCAAGGUGAUGACGUUACGUGAUGAUGAGUCGGUGAUGGACGUUGAAGGUGUGUCGCUUGAUCGUGAUACUAUCUUCAAGGAUCAUAACCAUCUCCAAAGGCCUUCGAAGACAAAUCGACGACAGAGCUUACUGAUU